GUUAGGUAUUUAAAAAUUUUGAAAAUGGUAAAUUCUGAUAAGGAUUUAUCAGAAGAGGACGAUUACGUGCCUUAUAUACCUGUUAAGUAUCGUAAGAUUGAAAAGAUGAAAAAAUUGAAAAAUAGUAUUCUUGCAGCUAAAAUUAAGUGUGAAGCAGAAAAUCUCUCAUCAAAUGAAGAAGAAAGUAUUGAAAAUGAUAAUUUUUUGUCUAGAGAUAUGGAAAUUAAAGAAAAAACAAACACUGAUAUUAAUAAAGAGAUCAAUAAUAUGUUAUUACAAGAAGAACAAGAUACACUUUUAGAUUUCUAUGAACGAAAACCUGUCAGCCUACUAGAUCAACACAGUGAACUUAAAAAAAAGGCUGAGGAACAAAAGGAAACAGCUAAAGAAAAGCAACUGAAAGAAGAAGAAAAAAUAUUGCAAAGUAUUGCUGGCCGCAAAGCUUUGCUAAGUGUUGGAGAGUUGGCCAGAGGUAUUCAAUAUACUGAACCUAUCAAAACAAGUUGGACAGUGCCAAAAUGUAUAUCAAAUAUGGGCGAAGGAAGACAUGAAAGGGUUCGAAAAAAGUAUCAAAUAUUGGUUGAUGGAGUUGACAUUCCUCCUCCUAUCAAAAGAUUCGAAGAUAUGAAAUUUCCAGACGCCAUUUUGAAAGCACUGAAGUCCAAGGGUAUCAAGGAUCCUACGCCUAUUCAAAUGCAAGGAAUGCCAGCAGUGUUGAGUGGCAGAGAUAUAAUAGGCAUAGCAUUCACCGGCUCAGGCAAAACGCUGGUCUUCACUCUACCCAUACUCAUAUUUGCGCUCGAACAAGAAAUCAAAUUGCCGUUCGAACCUUAUGAGGGACCUUACGGGCUUAUAGUUUGUCCGUCGAGAGAAUUAGCUAGGCAAACUUACCAAAUAUUGAAUUACUAUGCUGGCUAUUUGAAAGAAGAUGGAUAUCCGGAAAUAAGAAUAGGACUCUUUAUAGGGGGAAUGCCUUUCAAAGAACAGCUAGCCGUGAUUCAUAAGGGUGUACACAUAGUCGUAGCCACUCCAGGAAGACUUAUGAUGAUGCUUGGUGAAAAAAUGGUAAAUUUGGAAGUGUGCCGAUACUUAUGCUUGGAUGAAGCAGACAGAAUGGUUGAUAUGGGAUUCGAAGAGGACGUUAGAACUAUAAUAUCCUUCUUUAGGGGUCAAAGACAAACAUUACUGUUUUCUGCCACUAUGCCAUUGAAAAUACAAAAUUUUGCUAAAUCGGCCCUCGUCUUACCUAUCCUUAUAAACGUGGGUCGAGCCGGAGCAGCUGCGUUGAACGUGAAACAGGACGUGGAGUACGUUAAACCGGAAGCUAGAGUCGUUUGCUUGCUAGAUACCCUUCAAAAGUCCCCGCCCCCGGUUUUAAUAUUUGCGGAGAGGAAACAAGAUGUUGACGCAAUUCACGAAUAUCUAUUGCUAAAAGGAGUUGAAGCCGUUGCCAUUCACGGUGGCAAAGACCAAGAGGAACGAACUAGGGCAGUAGAUAGCUUCGUAUCAGGGGAAAAAGAUGUAUUAGUCGCUACAGAUGUGGCUUCAAAAGGGCUCGAUUUCCCUAACAUUCAACACGUUGUCAACUUUGAUAUGCCAGACGAUAUUGAAAAUUAUGUCCACAGGAUAGGCAGGACCGGUCGUUCUGGGAAGGCAGGAAUGUCCACUACUUAUAUUAACAAAUCUAGCGAUGAUUCAGUGUUAAUGGACUUGAAGCAUUUACUCCUCGAAGCAAAACAGGACGUUCCACCAAUCCUGAUAACUCUGACCGCUGAUAAAGAUCAAUUAGUUGAAAUCGAUGGUGACAGAGGGUGCGCUUAUUGUGGUGGUUUAGGCCAUAGAAUCACAGAUUGUCCAAAGCUGGAAGCAAUGCAAACCAAACAAGCAAGCAAUAUAGGAAGAAAAGAUUAUUUGGCACACGGAGGUGCCGAUUAUUAGAUUAUGUUAUACAAUUCACAUUUUAAAGAGAAUAUUAUAUUUAUUCCUUAUUUAUAUAUUUGUAAAUAAAAUAUUUCAAUAGAAUGUUUAUUUGAGC